UCACCGAGGUAACCGAGCGACUCUUCAGGUUAACUACCGAUAAUUAACAACUCAGCCAAACUACAACUGCACGUCGAAACUCAUUUUAUAUCAAUCAGUUGAACGUUUUUUUCUCGACAAAGAGAGUUUUAAAAAGUUUUUAAAAAGCCUGAGUCGACGAAAAUAACCGCAAACAUGAGUCGUAAUUGGAUGUACAACCGGCAGCAGAAGUUACUGUCUCAGCGCCAGAGCCAGGAGCAGCACCGGCAGGAGGAAGCCCGGCGUGUGGACCGAGAAAGGCAGCUGCAGGCCGGUCUGAGGGACCAGGAGAACCUCGAGACCAGGAGACACCUGCGGCAGGUGCAGCAGGAGCUCAAGGAGAGGCAAAUGGAGAGCGAUCUGCUGAAGGCAGAGGAGGAGAGAAUAAAUAGAGAAAGGCAACUUGAACAAGAGGAGAGAAUGGCUAAAGAGCUGGCACACAUCCACUAUGAGAAGCAAAAAGACGAGAAAAUGAGGCAGUAUAUCAAAGAGAACAGCUUGGAGCUUCGGGAACUGGAGUCUAAACUGAAGGCUGCGUAUCUGAACAAGGAGAGAGCUGCACAGAUUGCUGAGCAGGAAGCCAUGAGGUUUGAGACAAUGCGGGAGGAGGCAGACUAUGCUCGCGAGAUGAAGAGCGAACGUGAGCGAGCAGCCGUUGAGCAGCAGAAACUGGAUCAGAAACGCCACGAGGAGCUGGUCCAGUACCAGAUCCAGCUGGAGCAGCAGCUCAUGGACAGAGAGCGCCAGAGACAGGAGGCAUACGAGGAGUUCCUCAGAGAGAAGCUCAUGGUGGACGAGAUUGUCAGGAAGAUUUAUGAGGAGGAUCAGAUGGAGCGACAGUUGAAAUUGCAGAAGGUCAGAGCCACUCAGCAGCACAUUGAAGAAUUCAAGAGACAGCAGGCUGAGUGGAGACACAUGGAGCAAGAAAAGAUGGAAGCAGAGAACAGACGCAUCAUGGAGUUUGCGAAGCAGCGGCAGCACAUGGAAGAGACCAGAAUGGCCAAGAUCCGAGAGAGAGAAGAAGCAAAGGAGCAUCUGCAUAAAAUGCUGUGUGAGAAGAUGGAAGAGGAGAGGAAGCAACGUGAAGAGAUGGAGCGAAUCCGGGACGAACUUUAUUUAGAAGAAGAAGAAGAGGCUAACAGACAGAGAGCAAUCGAAGAGAUGGAGAAGAAAAUCAGACAGAGGCUGAUGAUGCAGCAGACCUGCCAGGAGCAGAUGGCUUUCAAAGAGAUGCGGAGGCAGGCGGAGAAAGAGGAAGAGGAGGCCUUCAGGAAAAGCAUGAUGGCGAAGUUUGCCGAGGACGAUCGGAUUGAGCAGAUGAACGCCCAGAAACGACGCAUGAAGCAACUUGAACACCAGCGCGAGGUGGAGAAACUGAUAGAGGCCAGAAGACGGCAGCGUGAAGCCGACAUGGAACUGGAGGCGAAAGAAAGAGCCAUUGAGCAGGAGAGGGAGGCGCUGCGCAGGAAGAUAAUUGAAGAAGAGAGGCAGCGACUGCUACAACGUCACGCAACAAAACUCCUCGGAUACUUCCCUAAGGGCCUCCUUCGUGGAGACGACCUGCAGCACUUUGAUGAAGACUUCAGAAAACACUUUCAGUCCCGUCAGGCUGAUAUGUUCUCUGAAGACGGCUGCGACAAUGAUGAUUAAACUUUUUCUCCCACUGUGCCACUAGAGGGCAGUUUGAUGUUACUGUGAAUAUAUAGAAACUUUUAGUGAUUACUUAAGUUCUACAUUUUUCAAUAUUAUUAUCUGAAAAUAGUUGUUUUGCAUUCAGUGACAAUGAAAUGAUUUUAGACAUCUUUUUAUUAGAACUGUACUGACAGGAUCUCAAUGAAAUUCAUUCUAAAAAGACCUGCUGACUGAAUCUGAUCGUGUUUAGGAGGCAAACGUCUUCAUUUAAAUUCUAUCUCAAUUCAAACUGCAGGCUUUUGAACUGCUUACAAAAAUUCUGAGAGUCUGCAAACUAAAGUUCUUUACUCCAUAACACAUAAACAUAUCUUUAAAAAUAAGGAAGGCACCUUUAAUUAACUUGCUUUGCUUCAUAAAAAUGAAAUGUGGACUGAUCGUUUAUGCCUUCCCCCAGUCCAGAGCUUUCAUGAACUCUUCUUCUGUGAAGGACAGCAGCUUGGCAGCUUCAAAAUGCAUCUGCACACAAAAAAUUUGUGUUAAUUUAAUUAAAAACUAUAAACACUGCAUGUUUGGGAACGUAGAGACACUUACCUUCUGUCUCUUGAGAAUGUCGAUCAGCUUGAGCUGCUUCUUGAACCCUACGAUGAGUUCAGCUUUUUGUUUUUUCAGCAUUUUGUUUUCAGCAAGUAGGUUUUCUUUACUUUGAUGUUCCUCAUUUAUCUUGUCCUUAAUGACCAGAAGUGAAAAGAAUGAAAUCAGUGGAAGUGAAGCAGAACUGUACCCUGUUUGUGCAACCUACGAACCACUUCAAAUUCUGUUGGAGAAGGUGGUUUGUGUUGUUUUGAAAAGAGCUACUCACCGACUAUUUUUCUCCACCACCAUCUUCAGAUAAGAUGUUUCACUUUGUGCACAGAUAUUUUUACUGCACAGCUGCUUUGCAUGAAAAACCUCCAUACUACAGUUUUGCUGCUCAGGCUACCAGACUGUGUGGCAUUGUGAUGUUCAUCGUUGUGGGAAAUUCCUAAGCUAUUUUCAGUAUCUUUUUAUCUCAUAAAAGGGUGCAUUAUCUUCUUAAUUCAUUAUUUUACUCUGACAUUACACUUAGAUGGCUGUAACACCACAUGUUGCUGCUGUUCCUCCUUAAGUGGUUAAGUGUGUUGAUAGUUUACAUUCAGUUACAGAUUAAGUCCUGUGUUUGUGAUGCAUGUGGUCUUUUAUUAUUAUUAUUAUUUAAGUUUUUAGGGUUUUUUCUGACUCAGAAUGGGUAUUUGGAGGUUGGCUUCUCUUAGUAAACAUGAUCCGUCCAUUUAUAGUAAAGAUGAUGAGUUUGAGUUGCCUAAUUUGACAAUCUAUGCAUUUUCCUGUUUUCUGAUGAUUUAAUAAACAAAAAUCUUUAUUAUACUUGAGUAGAUGAAACCUAUAUUUACAAAAGUAGUUUAAAAAAUUGCUAUUUUCAUUAUUUUUUUAGGGGGGCUGACUCCAAUCUCUUUGGAGGGAACCAAAAAUUCCUCUAGGUUCUACUACUUUUGCCUAUCAUGAAAACCAAUAAAACAAUGCCUGGA